AUGCCCAAGGUGAGAUCGGUGUACCCAGCGGAAUGGAACCAACCUGUUUCGCUUGUUUCAUGUCAAACUGUUCUUACUGCUAUCAAGCAAAAGCAGCCUUGGAAAGGCAACCUGGCUUGUACCAGCACUCCGUGGGAAGUCCAGGAACUCAUUGACCUCUACAAAAGCUUGGGACUGUCUCAAGGCUUAACUCUUGUGCUCGCUGGACCCACGUGCAGCUGGGUCGGUUCCACUCUUAGUAGAGCCAGGCUCCAAAGGCAGGGUCAGCAGGCCAAAGUUGAAGAUGUCCACUUGCUUUCCUUAGGCACGUCGGCGCCUUGGAAGUCACAUGCGAUCAAAAUUGAAACUGACAAAGUCAAAACUGUCGAGCGUACUCAGGUUCGAGUUGUGGUGCCCGAGCAGUAUCGCUCUCUUUUCAUUUCUGACCCCAAAACUGAAAAGAUUACGGUUAUUUUGGGAGAACUUGCCCAGUGGGGCGUGCGAGCUCACACCCUCACGGGUGGGCGCUGGCAAAGGGAACAGUGGGGACGCAGUAGUGCCCUCAUCGGAUGGCUCAGGCUGACCAAAGCUGAUUGCCAGGUCCUCGUUGGGAAAAGUGGCACCAGAGGCAUCUUUGUCAAUCAGCACCUUGACCCUGCUGCCGACAGACCGUCCUUUUUUUGGAUUUCCAAACAAGCCAGUGAGUCUUCUGAAGAAUAUUUCCAAAGAUGUACCAAGGAAGCUAAGGCACGUGGUCAGCCAAUUUUUUUGCGAAAAGGCCUGGGCAGUGACUUAGGUUUCAGCAGGAAACCUGAGGACCCCGAGGAUCGGCGGCCGAAAGCCGUCGAAGUAUCAGGGGUGCCAGCCCAGUGGCACUCCGACGAAUUGCAGGAAUUCCUGACAGGUCAAGACUGGCGUGAGGUCAGCAUCCUGAAUCGCCACCGACGCAACCGGAAAAUCAUUUGGCUCAUCAGAGCCGUUCCUCCUGUUGCCUUCCCUUAUAACCAAGGUGUUUGGACCUACGAAGACGGGUCCGAUUUGCGCAUCAUUAUUAACGAUGCUGUGCACCGGCCUUAUAUCCCCCAAAAGGUCACAAAUUUGAAGGGGCCACGCAGACAAUGGGCCCCGGGCUCACAAGAGUUUGAUAACCAGGAAACCUCCAGGCGGGGCAGAAGCCCUACCAAAAGGCCUCCCAGAGGCUCCGCAAACAGAGAAAGAUCACGGUCUGCUAAGGCCUCUGAUGACACCAAAGAUUCAAAUGCUCCUGGCGAUGCUUCAGGAGUCACAAGAGCAGACAAGCCUGUUGCGCAGGCUCAGAUGGAAGUUGAUUCUUCUACCAAGGAUUCUACUCAGGCACCAACCAGUUCAAAGCUCGGCAUUGGCGAUUUGCAGGACGCUCUCUGCAAUCAUCAAUGGUCACUUGUGGAUCAAGGUGGCGUUGGCGAUUGCGGGUGGAGAGCUUUGUGUGACAGUUAUUUUUUCUUUACGCAAGGGAAACAGCUGUCCAAUGAAGAAUGCAUCCAUGAGGCCAGUCUUUUGAGGGUCAAAACUGUUCAGCAUGUUCGCAAGUUCCAUGACAGAUACGAAUCUUUUGUUAAGGGGGGAAAAGCGGCCUUCCCUGAUUUUUGUGAAAAAGCACUGGACAAGCAUACGUGGAUUUGCGGCCUACUUCUGCAGGCUGCGGCUGAAGUUUACGGCUGCUGUAUUGUUGUCUGGGAUCAAACGGAUGAAUCUCUGCGCAGAUUUACUUUUGCCCCUGAAUGGAGCAGGACCGGAAUGCCCCGGGUGGUUGUUGACAGCCCAACUCUCGUUGUGCAACGAAAGGGGAAACACUACUGUUCCGUGCGUCCCCCUGACACUGGUGACAGCAGUGACAAACGAACUAAGGUGCCCAGUCACUGGAUGCGGGAGACCGCGCGACCUGAACCUGACGGGUUGGGAGGGGCUGCUCCCCCGGGUGUCUUCAACCCCACUCCCCUCUCUCCUUCUUCUCGGUCCCUGCGCGCUGCUGCCGGCUCCUCCUGCGGGUCCUCCUCGCGAUCCACCGUUGCCGCGUGCCCUGUUGGUCCUGCGUCCUCUCGCGUCGCUGCUCGCAGUGCUCCCCGGACCCCUGCCGCGGUCUCUCGCCGUCUGUCCCCCAGCGUGCGAUCCGACCCUGCGUCUCUGCACACGUUGCUUUCCCUGCGCACUGCCUCCGCGUCGUCCUGCUCUGGCGUCUCCCCGGCUCCCUCCCUCCACACUCGUGUUGGGUCCGUGUGCUCUGGUGUGCCCUCCAGCCGUGCCGCGCCUUCUUUGCCCGCCCCCUCGCUCCACACUGCGGUCGGGUCUGUUCCUUCUUUGCCCGCCCCCUCGCUCCACACUGCGGUCGGGUCUGUUCUCAGUCCCCCUGCUGCUGCGAGUCUUGGCGUCUCUGCUGCGGUCGUCUCCGGGUCUAGUGCUGCUCAGGCCGUUGCCCCUAGACCUGAAACUGGCCCCCGAAAGCGUCUUUGGGGAAAACAGAAGGUUCACUGGUUUGAUGAUGAACAAGAUCUCAGUGGUGUUUCGAUUCAUGACCCUGCUGAUGUCACUUAUGAGGAUCCCACUGAUUUCAGGCCCACCAAAAAAGAUUCGAGCCCGUCCCGCCAGCAACGCUGGUCGACGAUCCAGUGGGUUUGUCCUAUUUGCAAACAAGAAAUGGAACUGUCAGGUCAUGACAAAGCUUACAAGAAAAGGGCUUUGCAUCUCCGAAACGCUCAUAACACCAAACUUUCGAUGGCUGGUCCCUCCAUCAGCGAAAAAAUUUCCCUGGGCCACAAAACUGGGGGAAAACAUGCCGCAGCCAAAAAUGGUGCCAUGGCUUCUCAACGAGCCUUUGUUCGGGCCAAAGCUUUGGCCCAAGACCAUGACCAUGACAUGCGUCACUGCACCUCGCAUGGUUUGUUUGAUGCUUUCAAGAAAACUUGGUUUUGCACCAAAUGCCUUAACCACCAGACUAGUCGACUCAUGGCCUCCAUUCCUUGCAGUCCUGCCACUACUUGGACUGCCAGGAAAGCCCGGUGGUGGCAGGCUCUGCCCGACGGCACCAGGAACAGAAUUCGACUUGUGGCCGGCUGGACUAAGGAACAUUUUGACCGCAUUGAGCAGAUGUGUGCUCAAAUUGUGGCUGAAGCCAAGCCCCAGAAUUUUUUCUCUAACAGAAUUGCGCCUGACAGCAAGCGUAAACUCAGUGAACGCAUCAAAAAGAACAAUGCGACUUGGCGCAAGGAAAAUGGGCUCCCUGACGACUCUUCCGGCACGGGAGGUCUGUGUAAUGGUAAGGUUGCACCUAUGCGCCUUGCUAAGCGCACUGGGGUCAAACGCAGACGAUACAAACAAGCCACUGAAUGGCUCAGGGAUUUAACCAAGGACGGAGACGUUGAGAGCAACCCGGGACCUACCCGCCGUCGGCGAGUGCAGACUUCUUUUCCUCAUUUAAAAGUUUGGCCGUGCAAUGUUGAUAUCCUUCUCAUUCAGGAAAUGCGGCUCAAGGAAGUCGACCUCAAAGGCAUGACCCAUUCGUUGACCGGCUGGUCGCUGUUUUAUUGCACUGAGGCUCAGGAACGCACUGUCCCCCAUGGCGGGGUGGCCGUGCUUACCAAGGUCACACUGCCCGCUGUGCGGGCUGCUGCUCACAGUGAUGUGGCCGGCCAGUGGAUCCGGGUCACUCUUCCUGGGCUUCAGAUUUACAGUGUUUAUCAGCGGCCGGGCAUUAGUUCGGACGAAAGGGAUUCUUUUCAUCAAAGCAUUUCUCAAGAUUUCAUGGGAUUAGGCCCUUCUCCCUGUCUUGUGGCUGGCGAUUGGAACCAUGACCCUGUUACUUCUCCUCUUCGCCUCUUCCUUCACGAUGCCUGUGUGUGUUUUCCCUCAUUUGCUCCUGAUCCUGAAGAUCCUGACGCAGUCAUGCCUGCGCCCACUCGGUGGGAUGGUCAGGCUUGCAUUGACUGGGGGAUCUGCAGAAAGGUCACUUGCGAUGUUGAAAUGUUGCUGGAUCGAUGGGCCGACCAUCGAGUUCUGGCCUGGACCCUUUAUGAUGUCGGAAUCUCAGCUGUUAAGCAACUCAGGUUGACUCCUCGUCCGAACCUUUGCAAACCUGAUGUCCUGUCUGAAGCGACGUGGCAAGCUCAGCUCACUGAAAGUUUCUUGGCUCGACAGUAUCAACUUUCUGAAGCUCCGAGCUGGGAGCAGCUUUGCUGCUUCACUGAAACUGUGGUUCAAGAGGCGCUUCUCGCUCAAGGGGUUGCGCGACGUCAGCCUACAAACUCCCACAAAGGACACCCUGCCAAAACCGAGCAAGUUGUCAAACAUCACAGAACCCUUACUACUGGUGAGAGCACCAUCAAACUGACCAGACUCCGGCGGUUUUGGCGUCGGGCUCAAGCUUGGCACACCCAAGGUUUCCGUGACAAUCGCCUUCGCGAUGCCUUGCUUCGCGAAGCCGCCCAUUUUCGUUGUCCAUUUCAUCCUCUUAGCAUCGCUUGCUCUUCGGAUUUUCUGCAAUGGCUGGCUGAUGAGAUCGAAGCUGACACCCAGAACUGCGUGAAACAGCGCCUGCAAGCCUGGCGCCGUAAGAUGCAGCAAGAUGCGGCCCCUUGGAAAUGGCUCUCGCGAUACAAGAUUUCCAACAAAGUGUCUUUCCUGGCCGACUCUGCUGGCUGUCCCCUUGCCGGACAAACCAUGUUCGACGAAAUCGAAAAUACCUGGCGGCAAUACUGGCCUCAAAACCCUAGGCAGGAGGAGCUGGACAACAUGGCCCGGCUGCACGACACCGCACCUUGGCCUAACGGCCCUGCUGCUCCCGAUUUGCCUCCCCUGCGAGGAAUCCAAUUCCGGGCCAAAGCUCGGGACGCCGUCAAAAAGGCUUCUGGCCCUGAUGGAUGGCGUGGCGAUGAAAUCAUGCACCUCCCCGAGGGCCUCCUUCAGCUUUUCGCCAACUUCUUCAACCAACUUGAAAGCGGUUCCCAGUCCUGGCCUACGGCUUUACUGCAAUGGCGGCAGGUUUGCAUUCCAAAGCCUUCUGGUACCGGGUUGCGACCCCUGAGCAUUGGUUCUGUGUGGUAUCGUAUGUGGAGCAGCAUUCGUAUCAAGCAGAUGUCCCAGUGGAUUGUCGAUCGUGUUGGUCCUCAUUUCCAUGGUGGUGUCAAACAGCGCGGCACCGUCAGUGCCCUCCUCAAACCUCUUUGUCUCUUGCAGAAGACCCAGAAUGAUGAUUCUCAGCCAGGCCGGCACCGCCGCCUUGCUGCCCGCCGGCGCCUGCUGCGAUGGAUUGGUGCUGCUGAUUUGUCCAAGGCCUUUGACCGGCUUCAUGGGGCUCUCGCUGGUCCUGCGCUGAAGCGCAUGGGGCUCCCCGCUGCUUUGGUGGAUGCUUGGACCGCUGCUUGGAUUCAUCAGAUGCGAUUCCUUCAAUUCGGUUCCCAGACCAGCAAAGGUGCUGUCAGAAACAUCAGCUGCCUCCCUCAAGGGGAUCCUUGUUCCCCUCUUGCCCUCUUGGGGGUCCUGGCUGAAGCUCUGUGGCGGCUGCAGAAGAAGCAUCCGGAGCGUACUCAUGGGCCUACUGUGUGGCGCAUCUACAUUGAUGACCGCUCUUGGUUUUGCGCUCGCAUGAAAACCUGCCUUAGCAUUGGCAAGGGUUGGAUUGAGGAGAUGAAGCUCCUCCACAUGGAUGAAAAUGCCUCCAAGGCUGACUAUGCUGUCGUGGGCCCUGCUGCCCUGGGCAAGAAGAUGUGCGAAGAGCUGCGGCGGCAGGGCAUGCCGGGCGAAGUUCGCACCCGUCCCAAACUGCUCGGCACCAGGAUCGAAACCAAGAGAACUUUCUCCAAAGCUCAAGAAGAAGAAGUGGUGCGAUUGCAGCGCGCGACCGCCAUCGCCAAUAACAUUGCUUCCAUUCCCGGCAGUGUUCACUUGAAGACUACUUGGCUGCAGGGUGCUGCUGUUUCUCUGGCUAGCGUGGCCGUGGUUUCUCGCCUCCCUGCUCUUCGUGACCUGACCUCUGCUCAUCGGGCUAUCUCUCGCGCUUUGGCUUCUUCUGGCCACAGCAUGAUGGGUCCUUUGUUCACCCUUUUCCAUGGUCACAAAGUCAACUUGCGCUACCAAGUUGGCAACUACAUGGCUGAGGUGGUCCUGAAGUCUCACACGGAUCCUGAUGUUCGCAAAGCCUGGAACGCUGCCCGUACUCGCAGCAACGGUCCUCAGCAACGGUCCUGUGCUCAAUGGGGGCUCUGCCGCCCUUCUGCUGCUCGCAGCUUCCCGGCCACUUGUGUUGGCCGCACGCUGCUCUUUGAUGACAACCACGAGGAGCUUCGACAUGUUCUCAGAGAUGCUUGGCGUGCUACACUCUGGGAACGAUGGAAGAAGUCUGCUCCCUACAAAUCCAGAUCUUAUCACUCUAUGCUUUGGCGUGAUGUUGCCGAUCGUUUCAAUUUGGCGCGAACCAUGCUUGCUCAUUUGCCUGCUCAUCUUCUUGCUCAUGCUUGGGCGGUCGUCUGCGGACAUGUGGUGAGUCAAGCUCAAUACCACGGCGACCCCACUCGUGAUCGAUCUGACCGUGACCGUAUUUGCUGGUUCUGUCAAAAAGAAACCAUUCCGACAUUUCUCCAUGCCAUGUGGGAGUGUGAUGCACCGCAGUUUGCGGAAAGACCUGUGUUGCCGACUUGCAGUUUGCAACUCCACUUAGGUUGGCCUGAUCCAACUAAGGACAAUGCACAUAACACUAAGGUGCUUGUGCAUAUGGCUGAGGUCCGCCGUGACCUCACUUCGAUGCGCCGGCGCUGAGUUCUGCCCCGGCGAGCUGUGAGCACUAUGACCUGCUGCAGCUCUUCAACGAGACAACAACA